AUGGUCUACUUCACCCAUGCAGGUUGGGAUCCAGAAUGGAUAGCCGCAGCACGAAAAGUCAUCACCACCCUGUGGAUUGAACAUUACAAGCCCGAUGAUGACGCUGCUAAUGCCCAACACAGUAUUUGCUUGUCGCAGAACCCUGGGUCAUGCACUACAUCGGUCUUCUCUGCAAACAUGGGUCUCAACACGGCUACCAACGCUCUCGAAGAUUACCUUAACUCCCCGCUUAUACCCACUGAUGAUCCCAUCGGAUACUGGACCUCGUUCGCAUCUACCCCUCGUACCGCUCCUCUCGCUCGGAUGUGCCUCGAUGUCCUCUCUUGCCCUGCGGCUUCGACAGAUCUCGAGACAGGGUUUUCGCGUGGAGGUCUUACGGUCUCAAAGCUUCGCCAUAGCCUCUCUGACCAG